UGAUGAAAGCGGAAGUGUAAUUGUUAUGGAUUUUUUUUGUUUGUUUUUGUCAGUCACAUCAGCCUCUUCUUGAAUGGCUUCCCGCAGCAGAUGAAACAGUCUCCACAUCAGCAGUAGGUGCGGUGUGAUAACCGUGGCAUCAUGGGAGUCCUUGUGGUCGUUUUGGUUGUGCUCCCAUUCAUCUGUCAGUGCCAGAGCCCGGAAAGCCUUCGGUACAACACAAAAAGGUAUCAAGAAAAUGAAAAAGCCUGGUCAGAUCCCAUUGACUGUGCAUCCAGGAACAAGGAGCCAGUGGUUUUAACAGACUUUAAUAACUUUUCUGUGGACAUCCGUAUGCCUGGAGUUGUCCCUUCUGAGUCGGAUACUUACCUGUGCAUGGCAGUUCCCGUACCAACUAGUCGAGAUGCGUAUGUUGUGGAUUUUCUACCUCAUGCCAGUAUGACCACAGUCCAUCACAUGUUGCUGUUUGGCUGCCAGACUCCUGCCUUCUCAAGCAGCUAUUGGAACUGCGGUGGUGUACGUGACACCUGUAAGGGUGAACCUUCAAUCAUGUAUGCAUGGGCCCGGAAUGCACCGCCUACUAAGUUACCAAAAGAUGUUGGUUUUAAAGUUGGAAGAAAUUCAGGGAUUUCCUACUUUGUGCUGCAGAUGCAUUAUGGGGAUGUUACUGGUUUUAGAGACCACCAUAAAGACUGCUCAGGACUUAGCUUAAGGUUGACAUCCAAACCGCAGCCAUUAAUGGCUGGAAUAUAUUUGUUGAUGUCUAUGGACACGGUCAUCCUCCCAGGAAAAAAAGUCACAACUGCAGACAUCGCCUGUGAAUACACUUCCUACCCUAUCUACCCCUUUGCCUUCAGGACCCACACACACCAACUGGGCAGAGUAGUCAGUGGUUACAGAAUUCGAGAUGGCAAGUGGAGCCUGAUAGGGAGACAGUCUCCUCUGCUGCCACAGGCAUUCUAUCCUGCUAACAAAGACGUGAAUGUGAAGUAUGGUGACACCAUUGCAGCCAGAUGUAUGUUUACUGGUGAAGGGAGAACCUCAAAAACAUAUAUCGGUGGUACCGGUAAUGAUGAAAUGUGCAACUUCUAUAUAAUGUACUACAUGGACAGUAAGCAUGGCAUCCCCUACAUGCAGUGCACGGACACUGGAUUCAAACAGCUUUUUCAAAAUAUUCCACCUGAGGCGAACAUCCCUGUUAUUGUCAGUCCAAGCCUUAUGCAUUCUAUGAUGCAUACAGCACACACAAAAGAUAAAGGAUUAAUGUUGGAGACAAGCAAACCAGAGCAGUUGUUAGACACGGAUGCAGACGACCAUCUGGAGCAAGUCACACCGUGGCCAGUGACUCCCCUCAGGCUGGGCCAAGUGUCAGGACUUGCCCUUGACUCAGAGGGUAACUUGAUCAUUUUUCACAGAGGUGACCAUCACUGGGGGAUCAAUUCUUUUGACAACCUGGCAGCAUAUCAGCAGAGGUCUCUUGGUCCUAUUCAGCAGUCCACUAUUUUGGUUGUUGAUCCAGUCAAAGGACACAUCCUCAAGGCCUCUGGAAGAAACAUGUUUUACUUGCCUCAUGGAAUAACUACAGAUAAGGACAAUAAUUACUGGGUUACUGAUGUAGCUCUCCAUCAGGUGUUAAAAGUGACGAGUGAUGGCAGAGACAGAACCCUCUUGGCACUUGGACAGGCUUUCAUACCAGGCAGUGACCAGAAUCACUUCUGCAAACCUACUGAUGUCGCUGUUGACACGGUUACUGGGAACAUCUUCAUAUCGGAUGGUUACUGCAAUGCCAGGAUAGUUAAGUUUUCAGCUGGAGGCCAGUACCUGUCUGAAUGGGGUGCAGGUUCUUCAGACAGAAGGAGACGUGUGCCAUUUAAAAUUCCCCACAGCCUGGUUUUCCUUCCUGACAAACAGGAAAUAUGCGUGGCUGACAGGGAAAAUGGCCGUAUCCAGUGUUUCUUAGCCCAGACUGGAGAAUUUGUCAAGGAAAUUAAGAAAGAAGACUUUGGAGGAGAGGUGUUUGCUAUUACCUAUAGUAGUGCUGAAGGCGGUUUGAUCUUUGCAGUAAAUGGAGAAUCUCCAAAUGGCCACUCAGCUCCAUUGAAAGGCUUUGUCAUAAAUUAUUCAUCCACGGAUAUUAUGGACACUUUCAGCCCAGAGAAGCCGGAAUUUAAAAUGCCCCAUGACAUAGCUGUAACCAAGGAUGGCAGUGUCUUCGUUGGGGAUGCAGGCUCCAAUUCUGUCUUCAAAUUCAACACUGAGAAAGCCCAUCGGUCUGUCAAGAAGGGUGGAAUUGAGGUUCAAGAACUUGAAGAAAUGGAGACCAUUGUUCAAGCAAAAAUGAGGCCUGAGCAAUUGUCAGACUCAGGAGCCAACCAGGACAAGCCACGCUUACAUUCGCAAAUGCAGGAGACACACCAGACACAACCCAAGGAGGAGAAUCAAAAGACCACAACGAAACAAAACCAAGGGCAGCGUGUUUACCCAGUUGUCAUGACCGUGUUGCUCCUCGUCCCUCUGGUGCUGGUUGUUUCUGUUGGAGUCUUCAUCUGCUGGAGGAGAAAUGGCAGACAUGGAGUUAAACCUGAUCCCAGUGCAGUGGGAGGGAUCUUGGGAAAACUCAGUGGUAAAGCGGUUGGCAGUCUGAACCUGGGACUUUUUGCAUCUCACAAGGGUUACAGCCGCCAAGGCUUCGACCAGCUGAGCACCGAAGGCAGCGACCAGGAGAGGAAUGAUGAGGAAAGCACGGACUCGGAGAAUGAGGAGUACUCUGCACCUCUGCCUGCAACUUCGUCCUCCUAAAUUACGUCUCACCCAGUGCAGCCGGGGUUACCAACCUUCUGCUUACAGUGCCAGGGUGUGUUCUGUUCAUUGUACGUGUAACUGUUGUGUUAGCUGCCAACUUUAGGAGUAAUUUAUUAAUCUGCUCUUGGUUUGGUGCAGUCUGGGUGACAUGUUUGCAUUUCACUGUUAAAGAUUUUUUUGCCAAAAGGAAACUUGCAUUAAAUGGACUCAUUGAGACUUUUUCAGACAGGAAGCACCGUAUCUCAGUCUCAGAAGAAUAUAACCUGUCCACUUAUCUAUAACUGCUUAUAUCUCGCCUGUUCUGAGUUUGGCAUUGUAGUGAGAGCUUCCUUCUUCCAAAAAAAACAAACAAAAAAAAAACUGAAAACUGCUGUUAGCUCCUGUUCUGUGGCUGAUUUUACUUAUUCUACUAUUGAAUGUUGAUGUUUCUAUUCUGUAGUCAGUUAACAUAACUGACUAACAAGGCAGUUAUGCGGAAUUAAUCAAGUAUAAAUCUGGGAACGCCAGCGUUAGUAAGCUUUGUUUUUGUUUUUUCUUUCUCUCCAUUUUAAGCCUAAUCAGAAAUUUCCAUAUAAUCUAAACAGGUGGCGUGAUUUGAGCGCAGUCUUUACAUUCGUUUGUUUUACAUCUCUUCAGUAACACGUCAGUUGUACUUUUGUGCCUUUUGUACUUUGCAGUACCUGCAUUAUAAAAUGUACAACAGGAUAAAAAACACCUGCUGCUAGUAAAGCCUAGACUGUUUUUUUUUUCCAUAUGCGUGAAAAAAGUUAAAUAUAUAUUGAUAUUUAUAUGUAAGAAUGUAUGUUUGUGUACAAAGCUAUCAGAAUAUUUUUAAUGCCUAAGUCUAAAGCACUGUAACAGUAAAAGUAUCAUAAACACACACAAAAAAAUACAAAAAUCAGGAAUUGGUUGCAUACAUGUUCUAACCCAGAUGUUUAUUAUAGAGUAACAUUCCAGUCUGAUUUGGCUGUGAAAGAUUAUGAUCAACUGCACCACCUGAUGACUUUAAAACGCCUGUUUGCACAGCAAGGAGGACUGAAACCAAAGCGGGAAGAGUUUGAUAAGAUUUUGAGUGAGUGAGACAUGUCGUCUGCAUGCAGAUAAUCAUCUCAGCUGUUUUACCUCA